AUGGGGUCGCUCGAAGACCUCGGCGACGCGGACGACGAGAGCGUGCGCGUGCGCAUUCGAGUCCAUCCGAGGGGCGAGCACUUCGUUCGCGUGCCCAAGACGGCGCGGACGCCGGCGGUGAAGGAGAUCGUCGAGCGCGCGAGCGGGGUCCCGGCGACGCGACAGCGGUUGCUCGCUCGAGGGAGAGUCUUGAGCGAUGAUUCAUCGAUGGAGAGCGCGCGAGUGGAGGACGGGGACACGUUGUUGUUGGUCACCAGCGAGCCGGAUGAGAGCGGGGGGCGAGAGGAUGGAGAGCGGAGCGCGGAGGCGGGCGCGGCGAGCGAAGACGGACAGGGCGAACAGGCGGGCGUCAUGGGUGAUCUAUCGAGCAUGAUCACGUCACUGUUGACGUCGAAUCCGGCGAUGUUGGGGGCGAUGGCGGGUAGCGGUGGGUCAGGGGCGCUCACGGUGGAGUUCUCGAUCGGUGGACCGCCACCAGGGGCGAGAGCGGUGGCGGCAAGUCAACGCGCGCGCGGGGAAAACGGCGGCGGUCAACCCGUCGAGAGAGGUGGGGCGAGCGCAGCGAGUGCGCAGUUAUCUCCGGUGGACACUUUGCGACGAUAUAUACACAAUGUUGAGCGUUUGCUUCGAAGCAUGCAGCACAGCGAGCCGCGAGCCAUCUCGGUUGGCGGCAGCGAGCCGAUGCCAAUGGAGACGCCGGCGAACGUCAAUCAGACCGAAACGCACGCGCCACCGAUUCACUUCGGCGUGCAGUGCGACGCGUGUGAGAUCAAUCCUGUGAGGGGUACUCGUUUCAAGAGCGUAGCGCACGACGAUUUCGACCUGUGCGAAGAGUGCUUUCGAGCCGGCAGGGGUGCCCAGUGUGGACCCUUUGCUCGUUUGGACCUUCCUCUUCCCGCCGGUUUGCCGCCUGUGAUCGCUCACGCGAACGCCGAUGAUAUGGAUGAGAAUAGAACAACACCAAGACAAGAGAGUGAAGAGGGAGUGGCCACUUUGGGUACGAUGCUGUCAACAGCGCGACAACUCGCUCACGAGGCUGGACCACUCAUCGAUAACAUCGCGAGGAGAUAUCAUCCCGAUAGCCGAGAGAACACGGUCGAGACGCAGGCUCAGAGUCUGCAGCUCGCAACGCUCAUGCACUCGGUAGGUGCCCUUUGGUGUGAGCUUGCGCGAUGCAUUGCGGUCGUACCUCCGCCUCCGAACGCCAUGACGCCGGAAGGUGCUGCUAUCGCAGGGGACGACAUCAACAACGCCCGGAGCUUGUUCGCCUAUCCUCAGACGUCGCACAUCGCCAGUAGCGGUGCAUUUGCACACACGCGUCCGCCUGGUAUGCCCAGACACGACCAGGAUGCGAAUGUCCCACAGGUUGGUCAACGCAACUUGCCCAACGUGAUGCACAUCUUACAUCACCUCCAGGGUCCCGACGGAGCGCAUGACAUGGACAGCCUUCCAGCUGAGCUUCGAGCGAUGUUAAUGCGACAAGCUUCUCAGCACGCGCAACAUGCGCCACCUCAGGCUCAAACGGGGUCGCAGCCGGCGGUGCAGCCGACGCAACCUGCCACUCAGCCGACGGCGGCGGACGCACAAAACGCCGCGGAGACUCGCCGGAAUGAGGUUCGCGACGCUCGAUCUUCGCAAAGAGCUUUGAGCCGGCUCUUAGGAUCGGUUUUACGAGCGAUUCCGAGUCCGAGCUUCAUGACUCAAGCGGGCGCUACCGGCGCUACACAAGCUGGAGCGACGCCACCUGGUGCCAACGCCUCUCGAUCAAGCUUGAUUCAGGACAUGUACUCCCAAAUCAUCGGAUCACCGCCUAGACAGUCUCAGAUACCGGAGCAACGGAAUCCACCCGAUCAGGCUCACCGGGAUCGUGUCGCGCCCAGAACUGUUGACGUUCCAAAUGUGUCGGCUCAGGAUAACACGCCAACGCGUGCUCGCACGCGCAGCGAAUCCAAGCAAGAUGACACCGAUGACCGUGCUGCGAAAGCAUCCAACACCGGUAACGGCAUGUCGCCGGCCGCGAGCGCAGCUCGUCUCGUGAUAGAUGAGCGAGCGAAUUCGGCGAUGGGUCAGCAGGCAAGCACUUCAAGCGACAGACAAGGCAAGAAGGAGGACAAGGAAUGA